AUGGCCCAGUUCAUGAAGCCAAAGUUCGCUCGUGCACCGAUACGCGAAGCCGGUCGGGUGGCUUACCUGGGCGAGUCCUCAAACCUAGCGCUCCUGGUACAGGAUCGCCAUGGGACUACAGAUGUCGUGCACUAUCCGUUGCCCGAUAACAUUCGCGGAGCUCGAUCCCGAAUGACCGAAAUCGACCAGCUGGAGAUUGAAAUCCUACAACAGCGAGGAGCAUUUCUGUUGCCACCACGGGCACUGUGCGACGAGCUCGUGGAUUGCUUCUUCGAGUGGGUUGCUCCUGUGGUGCCAGUCAUCAACCGCAGCCGCUUCAUGCGGAGGUACAAGGACCCCAAGAACCCACCUUCGUUGCUUCUUUUGCAAGCUGUUCUGCUGGCUGGCAGCAGAGUGUGCACAAAUCCUCAACUUCUGGACGCGUCUGGCUCGACGACACCCGCCGCUAUGACCUUCUACAAAAGGGCAAAGGCUUUAUACGAUGCAAACUACGAAGACGAUCGAAUAACGAUUGUACAGAGCUUAGUGCUCAUGGGAUGCAACGUUAUAGGGUACUGGGAAGGCCCCGAGGGUAAGAAUUGGGAACGAGUCGCGCACGCCGAUUAUGCCCGGUCUAACAUCGGUGCAGAUGUGACCAAAAAUGUAUUCUAUUGGACUCGCGUCGCCAUCGUUGUUGCACAGGGCGCCGGCAUGCAUCGAAGCGUCGAAAAUUCGCAACUAAGUCGGCAGGAUAAGCGUCUCUGGAAGCGUGUCUGGUGGGCACUGUUCACUCGCGAUCGAUCGGUCGCAGUCGCACUCGGCCGCCCUGUGUCAAUCAACACAGACGACGCUGAUGUCGAGAUGAUCACCGAAGAGGAUUUCAUUGAAGACGAGGGCGACCCAGUCAACGACUAUCGGCGAGAUCCAAUACACGUCCAGUUCUUCUUGCAGUACGUCAAGCUGUGCGAGAUCAUGGGCCUGGUCUUGUCCCAGCAAUACUCUGUAGCUUCUAAAGCCAGGGCCAAGAAUGCCCUGGAUCUCACUCACAGCGACAUGGCUCUUGCAGAUUGGCUACAAAACUGCCCACGAGACGUCUACUGGGAGAGGACACGGCAGAACUUCUGGUCUGCGUUGCUGCAUUCUAAUUACUACACGACCCUCUGCUUGUUGCAUCGAGCACAUAUGCCACCAGCAGACAAGAGACCAAGUGAUCACAUUAACGUCGACAUGGCCUAUCCGUCCAGAACUAUAGCUUUCCAAGCCGCGGGCAUGAUCACGUCUAUCGUCGAGCAGCUGCUCCAGUCUGAUCAAAUCAAGUACACACCAGCAUUCAUUGUCUACAGUCUGUUCUCAGCACUCAUCAUGCAUGUAUAUCAAAUGCGCUCGUCCGUCCGUUCGGUUGUAGAAGCCAGCCAAGAAAGGAUUCAGAUCUGCAUGGCUGCUCUCAAAGAGGUAUCGAAAGUGUGGCUGGUCGCUAGAAUGGUGCACACCCUGUUCGAAUCCAUUCUCGGUAACAACAGCCUGGCGGAAAAGCUACAAAAAGCUUCUGGACGAAAAGCGCCGCGCAACAAGAAUGGUCCUGCCCAGCCCAACGGCCACAACGGCACUACCCAUAACCCGAACUUGGCUCCGGCACCCCCUCCACCUCCUGCGAACAACGUCAAGAGGAAAUUUGACGAAUUCGACAUCGGUUACUCCGGACCACCAGCACCUCAAAUGUCGUACGAGCGAUCGAGACCACAGACGCCUGCUGUGACGCCUUCUCGUGAAUUGAGUCAGCCGCAGGCCAACAAUUCGCUUGGGUCGCCGCCUCUCCCGAACGAUCCGCUCAUGCCCAACACCAACCGCGGCACUUCGCGAUUGCACUCGCGAGGGCCAACACGAGCAAAUUCACCUUUCAAUGGCUAUUCAAUACCAGCGACACCACCCGACUUGUUCUUGGUGACACGAGAUGAGCCAAACAUCUCACAGCAGAUGUGGGACGACUUCCAACCACACCAGCUCUUCCCAGAUGGGACAAUCGGAGACAGCAAUAUGUUCAACAGUCCUACCAUGCAGCAUGCCGUUGAUCCACAACUGCAGGUACCCAAUACCGGGAUGGGUGGACACAUGUCAGAUGUCAACAUGCAAGGCUGGUCGUCGAAUAUGGGGAACAUGAUGGGCACUGGAGUCGAUGGAGGUGGUCGUCACGCUGAGGAUGAUCGGUGGUCGAACUCGUCGAUGGGCAAUGUUCCUGUUGCUCCGCUGCAUCUUGAUCUUGAAGACUGGUACAGCUUCUUCGGGAUUGCGCAGGGGCAGCCUGUUGGUUAG